CUCCCUCAGUCCCUCACCUGUGCCUCCAUCCAUCGCUGUAACGUCUUUCAUCGUACCACGAAGACUCUUCUACCCUACAGUUAUAACAUUUGACCCAUCUCGUUCUGUCACCAUGCCCAAGUCCGGGUCAACGUCCAAGUCCGAGUCAACGCCCAAGUCCGAGUCACCGUGGGGUUUCGCUCCUACACUUGUGGCAGCUGCCAUUCCAGCCAUCCUCGAUUUUAUUCGGGGCAACGAAGUUGAGGAAAACCCGACACUGGCCCUUAUGGAAGAGCGAUUUCGAAGAGAGAGAGAAGAAUCCGACCGCCGCAUCCAGAGGUUCCAGGACGAGGCGAACCAAGCUCGCAGCCAUUCUGAACGGCUUCAGAGGGAGCAAGCAGAUCUAGUCAACAAGACGAGGUUGGAGAUCCAGAAGUUCCAGGACGAGGCAAACCAAGCUCGUGUCCACGUCGAUCAGCUUCGGAGGGAGAAUCAGGAGCAGGCGGAUAUAGCCAGGAGGGCGAAGCUGGAUGCCGAGAACGCCGCCAAGGUCGUUAGCAAACUGCAAGACCAGGCAAAGCAGAAGGAUGAGGAGUUGAAGAACAUACAGGCAGCUCGGGAGGAAAUCGAGGCGAGAUGGAAAAAGGGGAUUCGUCCUGUCGAGUGGCCUUCUCAGGAGCAGUAUGAGAAGAUCAAGCAGCAGUACUACAAGGAGGGGAAAUUUCAUCUCGCUAUCGCCGGAAUAUCUGGAACCGGCAAGUCGACUCUCAUCAAUGCCUUUCGAGGUAUUUGGGAUGGCGAGGAGAAUGCCGCUGGAACCGAUGUUGUCGAAAGCACUUCAGUCGUGACUGCAUACCCUGAUCCAAAUCCCUCUAAUCCUUUCCUUUGGUUUGACGUCCCGGGAUCAGGAACACUCUCGUGUUCGGAUUGGACAUACUUCAAUAACCAAGGACUCUUCAUCUUCGACGCCAUCAUCGUUUUAUUCAACGACCGCUUCACCGCCACAGAUGCCGCUAUAUUGAAGAAUGCUGAGCGGUACAAUAUCCCCACCUAUAUCGUUCGCUCCAAAUCCGACAUACACAUCGAGAACCUCGUUAAGAAGACACGGCGGGUGCCUGGCGCGAGACGCGAUCCCGCCAAGGUUCUUGACGAUGCGCGGAAGGAGUACAUGAAGAAGACGCGGGAUAGUGUUCGCACUAAUCUGAUGAAGAACGAUCCACCACUUCGAUCGCAGAAGAUGUAUGCCGUCUCUCGAGAUACGCUUACCCUGAUGAUUCGGGAGGAGCCGCUUGAAGACAACGUUGUGCUCGAUGAGUACGAGUUAUGGAAGGACAUUCUUCAGGAUGCAUUCUCACGACGAUCAGAGAAGUCGUACGGCUCGAUGACGGAGCUGAUGAAGAAAGCUGGUUCUGGACUCUUAGGGCUGUUCUCGUAGUAGUGUGGCAAGUCUCGGGCAUAACCUUCAUCCACCUUCUUGCUGACGCUUGUUGAUUUAAUUUGUUCAUGAUUUUCUGUCACGGAUUUUUUUCUUAGUUUGGUUUCGGGUACAGCCUGGUUCUUACCCUGUGGU